UUUAACGAGUCAUUUGCUUUCUUGGACAGGACUGGGGCUGUGUGAGGCGGCUGUGGCAGCAGGCUGGGAAGGGCAGAUUUUAAUUGUUGUCAGGGAACCUUGAUGUCUUAUUUGGUUGGGCAGGGAUGCAGGCAGAUCCUGACUAGAAAGUGCUGCUCCUGGGAAGCAGGAUGAAACCUUUUGUUUUGUCAUGUUUUGCAAAGACAUGGGAGGGCCUUGGAGUUAUGGGGAAGUCGAGUGCAGACGGGCUCCGGGCACAAAGCUCUGCUUCCAGCUGGCUGCCCACCCAGGCCGUGGUCAUCCCAGUGUUUUGGUUCCUUGGGGAGCACCCUGUCAGUGGAGGGUGGAGUGGCUGGUGGGUUUGAGGGUAUCCUCAAUCUGGGAGAAAGCAGCCACAGAGCAGGAUCCAUCAGCCAUCCCCAGACUGCUGUGAGAGGUGCUGUGUUUUGGAGCCUGCCAAGUAGAACAGGGCUUGGAGAGUGUGGGCCCUGAGCAGUCACCUUGGGGGCAGGAGCUCCCCUCCAAGGAGGAGAACAUCUCCCAGCCUUGCUCUGGGUGGGACAUCUCAUGGUGGUGGCCCCACAUUAAAUGUUCCCAGGGCUGAGCACCCUCGAUGGCCCUGUGGUGAGCUGGGUGUUGCUGUGUCUCCCUGCAGCCCUGAACAGCCAUGGAGAGGAUUGAGAAGGUCGUGAGGCAGGCGAGAGCCGCCUUCAACUCGGGCCGGAGCCGCUCGCUGGAGUUCAGGAUACAGCAGCUGAAGGCCCUGGAGCGGAUGGUGAAGGAGAAGGAGAAGGAGAUCAUGGCAGCCCUCCAUGCAGAUCUGCACAAGAGUGGGCCCACUGUGUACAACACUGAGAUCCUGAGCGUGCUGGGGGAGCUGACCCUGGCCAUGGAGAAGCUGCCGUCCUGGGCAGCCCCUCAGCAUCUGAAGAAGAACCUGUUGACAAUGAGGGAUGAGGUCUUCGUCAACUUUGAGCCUCUGGGAGUGGUGCUGAUCAUUGGGGCCUGGAACUACCCCUUUGUCCUGGUCAUGCAUCCUCUGAUCGGGGCCAUUGCAGCAGGCAAUGCUGUGGUGGUGAAGCCGUCGGAGGUGAGCGAGAACACGGCUCAGCUGGUGGCUGAUCUCCUCCCCCAGUACCUGGACCAGGAGCUGUACCCUGUGGUCACUGGAGGAGCUCCUGAGACAACAGAGCUGCUCACCCAGAGGUUUGAUCACAUCCUCUACACUGGCAACUCUGGAGUAGGCAAAAUUGUGAUGGCAGCAGCUGCCAAGCACCUGACACCCGUCACCCUGGAGCUGGGUGGGAAAAACCCCUGCUACAUCGACAAGGAUUGUGACCUGGCUGUCGCCUGCAGGCGAAUAACAUGGGGGAAGUACACGAACUGUGGGCAAAUCUGCAUUGCCCCAGACUACAUCCUCUGUGACCCAUCCAUCCAGAGCCAGGUGGUGGAGAACAUCAAGGCAACUCUGCUGGAAUUCUAUGGGGAGGACGUGAAGUCGUCUCCGGAUUAUGAAAGGAUCGUCAACAAGCGUCACUUCAAGAGAGUCGUGGGCUUGCUGGAAGGGCAGAAGAUCGCUCACGGGGGAGAGAGUGAUGAGGCCUCCUGCUUCAUAGCACCGACCAUCCUGACGGACGUUUCCCCGGAUUCCAAGGUGAUGGAGGAGGAAAUCUUUGGACCUGUCCUGCCCAUUGUGACCGUGAAGAGCGUAGAGGAAGCCAUUGAGUUCAUCAACUGUCGGGAGAAGCCCCUUGCCUUGUAUGUCUUCUCCAACAACAAGAAGCUGAUCAGACGGGUGAUAUCAGAGACCUCCAGUGGUGGCAUGACAGCCAAUGACGUCCUCAUGCACAUGGUGGUUCCGGAUCUGCCCUUUGGUGGUGUGGGUCACAGCGGGAUGGGAGCCUACCAUGGCAGGUGCAGCUUCGAGACCUUCUCCCACCGCCGCACCUGCUUGAUCAGGGACCUGAAGCUGGACGUUCUGAACAAAAUGCGGUACCCACCUGUCAGCCAGGAGAGGAUGGAUGUGGCCAAGUUCGUCCUCCUGAAGCAUUGUAGCGACUGCCGAGUGGGACAGUUCCUCUCUGCCCUGCUGGGGGCUGUGAAAGCAGUGAUGGCAAAGAUAUUCUCCCCCUGACGAGAGGGGUGAUGGGCAGUCAGCAGCUUUCCAGCCCCGGAACCCACCACUCGCUCCCUGCGGUCCUAGUGCUGAAUUUUUCUCUGCUGCAGUUUCAUUUCUUCCAAGGCAGCCAACACACUGAAGAGGUAGAAGACAACAAAAAAUACCUAGAGCAGAGACAGUCCAAGCUGAAGGCUCCAGCUCCUGCUGAAGCAGGAAUUUAUCAAGAAUUUAUCAUGGGUCAUGCCUGAGCAGUGAGUGCCAGAUGGAAGAAAACAGCAUCCACCCUGCUUUGUAAACAGCAGCUUAUCUAGAAACUCUUGGGAAUGGGGGAAUGUUUGUCACAAGGGUACCUAAACAAAGCCAGUUGUUACUGAGCCUGUUAUCUACUUAAUGCCUGCCUGAUUCCCAUAGGAAGCUGGCUCAUUACAGCAAUAAGCCUAGCAAAUUGUGGGUCUCACUGCAGGGGACAGUCCAGGCUGCUUGUCCCCAGAGCAGAGGGAAGGAGCCUGGAAGAACCUUCAGCAUCCCAUCCUUUAUGGGACCCCUGACGAAGUGGGUUGCAGGGAAAUCACCCAUAGCCAUGUAAGGUGUGCAAAGGCCACCUGAGUGACAGCAAAGGCUCUCUGAGCUGCAGCCACACUGUCCCAAGGACUCAGGGAGUGUCAGGGACCACAACUGCACUGCUGCUGCACUGCUUUUGGGGCUGCUGGGGCAAAGACAGGGGCUUUGCUGCAACCAGGGUGCCAGGUCAGAGAUGUCCUUGGCCAGAGUGACAGAGCAGCCAGCCACCUCAUCUGUAACUCAGUUUCAGGUUUUUAUUGGGUUUGGGGUAGUCUUUUACCUCCAAACUUGUAACUGAGAGCUGAUCUUGACCCUGGCUGAAUAAAACCUUUGUUUUACUGUGAA